AUGGCAGUUAUAACUUCUGAGUUCGAGAUUUCUUCUUCCAUCCCAGCUUCCAAAAUUUUCAAUGCCUAUCGUGACUUUAACAACAUUGCACCAAAGGUCGAUCCAGAAACAUACAAAACCCUAGUGGACAUCGAAGGUGAUGGAGGCGCUGGAACUAUCAGGGACAUCUCUUUUGGGGAUGGCGUCCCAUUUACAAGUGGAAAGUUGAAACUUGACGUCGUUGAUAGCAUCAACUUCAGUAUUAUAUACACAAUCUUUGAAGGAGACAUCUUGAUGGGACAACUAGAUUCGAUGACUCAUCAUGUGAAGUUUAUACCUUCACCUGAUGGAGGAUGUGUAUACAAGCCUACCAUUGUGUAUAAUUGUAAAGGUGAAACUCAGCUUCCGGAGGAAGCUCUCAAUAUGGUAAAAGAAGGAUUCAAAAAAACUUUCAAGGCCAUUGAGGGUUUUAUCCAUGCAAAUCCUCAAACUUAUUGA